AUGGCCUCUUCGUCUUCGCGGUAUCUUCUGUUGGCGCUGUGCCUGGCUGCUCUGCAGCUAGCGUCUCUUGCAAGCGCUCAGGGGGAACUGCGAACAGACGGUUUGUGCGUCAAUGGCACGAAGCACAAAACUCGUCCAAGUCCUGAAGGGUCGGACUACGCCGAAUGCCACAACUACAAGCAAAGCUCCUGCUGCACAGCAAACUUCACCAAAGUCCUCGCCCAGGCCACGGUGACGCACAUCGAAAACUUUCACUGGGGGCGAUGUGGAAAUUUGAGCAAGGCCUGCGAGGACUUCAUGAUUCACGUUGAGUGCUUCUACAGAUGCAGUCCCAAUGCAGUGCACUGGGAGGGUGAAUUCUCUUCGUCCAUAACGGGAGUGCCGAUUUGCUCCGGAUUCUGUGACGACUGGUUUGCUGCCUGCCGCCGGGAGAUGAGUUGUGCAACGAAUUGGAUAUUCGACUACAACACAACCGCUUCAGGGGAGAAUUACUGUAGCACGGAUUCAACUUGCAUGACCUGGGAGCAGCGCUAUGGCAAUGCGACUAGCAUGUGCAAUACACUCUGGGGCACGUCGUUCAAGUACACCAGCGAUACAGCAAACUGCAUCCAGCUGAACGGCACUAAUCUGCUGAUGCGGAACACGGAAGUGGUGAACCGCCUCUUCUCCAGUGGAUCUACUCCAUUACCUCUGCCCGUUGCUGUUCUUUUAGCAGUUCUUGCACUCGCAUUGCUUGCUUGA